AUGGCGGAAAUACCAUACGCUGUGGUAUCGAAUGGCGUGACUUCCACUGGCGAUACCUCGGAGAAGAUGAAGGAGAAGAAACAGAUGAUCCUCAAUGCCUUUGUGAUGAACACACCAGGUCAUCUCGCACCUGGGUUGUGGCGCCAUCCUCGCAACAAGACAGACCAGUACAAGAAGCUGUCCUUCUGGACGGAUCUGGCGCAAUUGCUCGACCGGGCCCAUUUUCACGCCAUGUUCAUCGCGGACACGCUCGGGCCUUACGACGUCUACAAGGGCCCUGCAAACGUGGUGCCCGCGCUGUCCUCGGGCGCCCAGUUCCCUGUCAACGACCCCUUGUACCUGGUCCCGGCCAUGGCUGCUGUGACCAAGAACUUGGUAUUUGGGGCGACGGCCAGCGUGACUUACGAGAAGCCGUACGCCCUGGCCAGGCGGCUGUCGACCGUCGACCACCUCAGCGAAGGUCGCCUGGCGUGGAAUAUCGUCACGUCGUACCUGGACAGCGCCGCCCGGAACCACGGGUUGAAGGAACAGAUCCCCCAUGACGAACGGUACGCCAUCGCACAUGAGUACAUGGAGGUCGUGUAUAAGCUCUGGGAGGGCAGUUUCCGCGACGACGCCGUCCUAGCGGACAGAGAUGCUGGCGUCUACAUCGCAGCGGACGGCGUCCGACAAAUCAAUCACAAGGGCAAAUACUUCGAGGUGCCCGGUCCGCAUUUCUGCGAGCCCUCGCCCCAGCGCACACCCUUCUUGUUUCAGGCUGGCGUGUCCGAGGCCGGGAAUGGUUUUGGAGGUAAGCACGGAGAAGCAAUCUUCAUAGGCGGCCAGACGCCAGAAGUGACCCGCGCCACCGUCGAAAAUAUUAGGAAAGUUGCCCAGAGCGAGGGACGCGAUCCUAACCACAUCAAGGUCAUUGUCGGCAUUAAUGUCAUAGUGGCACCUACUGACGAGGAAGCGCACAAAAAGAGGGAAGACUAUUUGAGAUACGCUGAUCACGAAGGCGCCCUGGCUCUGUUCGGAGGGUGGACUGGCGUCGACCUCUCAGGCUAUUCGGAUGACGAGGACUUCAACAUGUCUGACUCUCCACGGGUCCGUUCCAUUGUACGCCGAUGGUCGGCUACUGUCCCAGGCACCGACAACUUACCCUGGACGAAACGAAGGAUCGUGGAAUACCUCAGUGUCGGUGGACUUGGGGCCAAGGUCAUAGGAAGCCCAACCACCGUGGCCGACGAACUGGAACGCUGGGUCGAGGUCUCUGGCGUGGACGGAUUCAAUCUCGCUCACAUCGCCAACCCGGGGACCUUUGAGGAUAUCAUCGAAUACUUGCUGCCAGAGUUACGGCGCCGCGGGCUCUUUAGAUCGGGUGUGGACAAGGAAGGCGCCACCGCGAGGGAGGUCUUUCUGGGGACGAGAAGGCUGCCGGAUGACCACCCCGGCUCCAAGUACAAAUGGGCGGCUGGCGAGAAAAUGCCUAGAUAUCAGGUUGAGGAGCCAGAUUCAGUUGCUGCAUAG